CUCCGAGACUCGGCGGGGGGCGCUGGGGGACGCCGCCGCCGCCGCGGCCACUCGACGGGAGCCCCCGGGGGUCUGGAGGGCGCUCGUCGGCGCCCUGCCCGGAUGGCAGCAGCGGUCCUGGCGGGAGACACCAUGGGCCCCGAGCGCAUCUUCCCCGGCCAGAGCGAGGAGCUGGAGCCGCAGCAGGGCCCCGCCGAGGGCACGGGGGACUGGAGCGGGGAGGAGCCCGAGGAAGAGCCGGAGGACCCGGGCUCCGGGCCCGCGGGCUACUCGUACCAGCCCCUGAACCAGGACCCCGAGCCCGAGGAGGUGGAGCUGGGCCCCGUGGGGGAUGGAGAGGAUGCGGCCGCCGACAUCCAGGAUCGGAUCCAGGCCUUGGGGCUGCACUUGCCAGACCCGCCGUUAGAGAGCGAGGACGAGGAGGAGGCGGGCGCCGCGGCCCUGAGCAGCCACAGCUCUAUCCCCAUGGACCCAGAGCACGUAGAGCUGGUGAAAAGGACGAUGGCUGGAGUAAGCCUGCCUGCACCCGGGGUUCCUGCCUGGGCCCGGGAGAUCUCAGAUGCUCAGUGGGAAGAUGUGGUACAGAAGGCCCUCCAAGCCCGGCAGGCCUCCCCGGCCUGGAAGUGAGGCCUCACCCCCCUGCCCCCACACUCCGGAGAGCUGCCUUAGCUCCUGGCACUCCGGGCCAGAGCCAGCACGGGACUGAACACGCCCCCGGUUACCGCCUCCGUCUCAUCCUCCUCGGCCCCCUGCCACGGAAAGGCAAAGUCAGACUUCUUAGAGACCCACUUUAUUCGGUUCUGUACAUAUGGGGACACCGGCCCACGCCCAGCCCACCUCAGCAUGUAUCACUCUGUGGAGAAUAAAGCCCCCCAUGUACACAGCCGGGAGCUGCCCGUGCCCCUC